AUGCAAAAAACUUGGCAUCGACAUGAUUAUUCGUGGUCAUCAGGUCAUACUUAUUUCCUUUUUAAAACUUUGUGGUUCUCUCUAAAGACUAGUCAGAUGAAGCGAAGAUGAAA